ACCCUCCGUCCACUCACAACAUUCCCCCUUCCCUCCUCCAUUCCUCCAUUCAUGCGCAGUCACAUCUUUUGCCUUGAAGAGGAGGGGAGGGGAGGAAAAUUACACGGAAAAUUCAAUCCAGCUCGUCAAACUGCUUUCAACUCGUCAAACUGUCUUCGGCUCGUCAAACUGCUUUCAACUCGUCAAACUGUCUUCAGCUCGUCAAACUGCUUUCAGCUCGUCAAACUUCUUUCAUGGCAUUUGUACCGCCUACAUGGUGCUCAUGGCCAGUGACUCGCCAUUCUUUUCUUCGCUGCCAACACCAACCUGCCUUUAUCCAGCUCCAGCUCAUUCAGUCCAUCUCCCUGACGGCCAAAGACAACCACUUGCAUCUACUGCCCUUGCUCAGCAGAACACCACAUCGGGCUCUUCCUACACUGUUUAUAGCUGUUCUUGAGGGAUGGUGGGCAAUGGAAAUUGAUCAGGAGCAUAGUGAGACGGGCAAACUUGGUCGGGAUUCUACAGAGGGUGAAUAAUCGGGAAGCAAACUAGAACGUCAAGUCCGAUCCAAUACACAUUCAUUUGACCACUUCA